AUGCCUAACCACGUAUCCAGUAAUCGGUCCCGACGGAGCAAGAAACGACCAAAGCGUCUCGUGCUAUCAAGAGUCAACCAAGGAACGGGAGAAGCAGGGGAGGAAGAGGAUGACGAUGAGGAGGAUGAAGAGGAUUCUGAAGGAAUCACUGAGGAUGUAGUCAAUGUAGUCAAUGCAACCAGAGGCGUUUUGUUUGAGGAAGAAGAAGACGAUGGAGAUGAUGAAGAUGUGGAUGAAGAGGGAGAGAAGGAUCCAGAAGAACAGGAUGAGGUCGCAGUUGAUGCUGAUCGAGGCAAUCAUAUAAUAGGAUCAAUGCCUUAUUCAGUCAGUCGUUCUUCGACGCGCACUCGACUGCGAACCAGAAUGGAUAAUGCCACGUUACCGAUGACGACUGUUGCAACACAAUCAUUACUGCCCGGAGAAUUAAACCUCUUGGAGCCUGGACUCCGAUUAGUGCCAAUGCUAGGUCCAUUCCCGUCGGCACCACCUGCUGAGCUAGUUAAAUCUUUUGAGGAGGUAAGUUUACAUUCUCCUAGUGUUUAUUCUCCUUAA